AUGGAUCCCAACAUCAGAGCGCAAGCCUCGAGGCCUCCUGCAAAUAUUCCCCCUCCAGGACCCCCGCCUCUGUCCAACCUGCAUCAGUACCAGAUGCAGCCACACUAUUCAAUGGCGCAGCCGCAUACCUUGCCCCCACUCCAACAUCCACAGAGCCAUCCUCCUGUACAUCCCUCCUAUCUAGGACAGCCAUACCGACAUGAGAUGCCCCGGUAUCCAACCACGUCCGCCAACGACGUGUAUGCUGCGUCCUCCGCUCCUAUGCCGCCGCAUACUACCGUCAACAGCUUGCCCCCUUCCUCGUUCCUAACCCAUCAUCACAGCCAGCAACAAUAUCCGUCGCAUGGCUUGUUGCCUCCGUCGACUACCUCCCAGGCCUAUCCUCAGCCCAUUGCGCCUGCUCCUCCUCGGGAUAGAAGAACAGAUUUUGGUGGUACAUUACCUUCCGGUUCGUUCAGUGAUACAGGGCCAAAGGGACUCGCAGUGGCAACAACAAAUAGCUUACCUACUUCCCCAGCAACUUUCGUUCCAAAGGACCUGCCACGCACCCAGGUAGUCGGAUCCCAAGGUCGGAGGGGAAUUCUUCCAAGUGUUCCAGGACGGGCGGCUGCUAUUACUAACGGAGCAAAUGGCACCACAAAAGCUGCUAUGCCUGCGAAAGACGCGGAUGGCAAGUUCCCUUGCCCGCAUUGCAACAAAACAUAUCUACAUGCAAAGCAUCUUAAGCGGCAUCUAUUGAGGCAUACUGGCGAUCGCCCGUACAUGUGUUUUUUGUGCAAAGACACAUUUUCCCGAAGCGAUAUUUUGAAACGCCACUUUCAAAAAUGUUCAUUACGUCGCGGCAAUCCGACUGGUGCUACUCACCUGUCGCACCCCCACGCUCAUUUGAAGAAAGCUCAGGCUGCGGGCAUUGUCCCCAAACCUGUUUCAGGAGAUUCGAACGUUGACCUACCCCCUAUCGAUGCAGCUAAAUCUGCCAACAACAUGCCUGAUAGCAAACGCCCUGGCAUGCCUACCGGACCGAACCCCGGUCAGCCAGGCGAAAUCGACUGGACGUCCAUGUUCCAGGCCGGCACUCAAGAUGGCUACAUGCAACCAAUGUUUCCAGCUUCAGUGGCUCCGGUUCCCGACUCGAUGCACCCCCAAGUUGAGACCGAUCGAAAGUUUUACCCGACGGCAACGAGUGGGCAACCUGAAGGUGGUUUGAAUGGGCUUUAUUUAGCAUCCACCAGUCUGGGCGGUGACGGAACCGUUCAACCUGCACGCCAAUAACGCGCAGGUUUUGCUGCAUGUUUGUUUGACGGUGAUGGUGACGGCCGAUAACGUGAAACAUUUCUUUUCUCGAACUCGCACUUACGAUCCGAAUUACCACGGCCAUGUUUGGCGCUCCUCCUACUUUUAUAUAUUGCCACUUGUAAUUCUCUCCCCCCUUUUCUUUUGAAGAUGCGUACGAUGGCCUUUUAUAAACAUUUCUUGCCAUGUGCUGUAUUGGAGCUGUUUAUUUUUUAUUCCGACGGUGUUGGAAUCGAUUUUUGUUCGGAGUUUGCCUGCCUCAAUCCAAGGCUGCUAGGUUGCCAUACUGCGAAUCUCCCGCAUCCAAAACGAACUAGCCUAACGAACCGACCUUGACCUUGCAAGACCUUAUUUCAGAUACAGAUAUAGAUUCUUCGAUCAAAUGUGGAAUCCAGGGAUUUUCCUCAAGCCGUUGUUCUGCUGGUGACAUCGAAUCGAUCCAGUCCAAUCUUCAUUUUCAUGUUGAAUACUAGUAUAUACUCCCUUUGGGCAUGAUUACCUUGAGUAACGAGCCACAACACAGUCCUGAUAUAUAUUAUAUUACCUUCACUUGCUCGCCAUAUUCGUCGUUUCCGUUUUUGCUUGGGCUUGCGGGUACCGAAAAUCAAUCAAUCUUUCGUGGUAUCGUUUUGGCUUCACGAUGUGGCCCCCUGACAAGGGAGUGGGGAGACGUUUCCAGUCGGGAUCGAUAUGGCUGG